UACCUUUUUUGUCAUUAUCUUGGUAAGAAUAACUGUGUAAAUUAAUUUCAAUUUUAUCACGUGAUUGAACCUGCCAAUCAAAAAAAAAUUAAUAAUAAUCAUAUUUCAUUAUUUAAACGCGCCUUUCUUGGGAAAUUUCAUAAGAACAACUCUUUUACAAAUUAAGAUGCCUAAAGCAGCUAAAUCUAUAACCGCUACUACAAAGCUAAAUCGUAAAGCGACCACUAAACAAAAAGUGGAUACCGCUAAGAAAGCUACUAGAAGAUCCGCUAAGAAGGAUUCCUCGGAUCCUAAACGUAAUCUUACUGCGUAUAUGUUCUUCUCGAUGGAGUAUAGAGAAAAAGUGAGGCAAGACCAUCCUAAUGCUACUUUCGGUGAAAUCGGUAAACUCCUUGGCAAAAAAUGGAAGGAUAUGUCUGAAAAGGAGAAAAUUCCUUAUGUUAAUAAAGCCGAAGAAGAUAAAAAACGGUAUGAAAAAGAAAAAGCCGCAAUUGGGGAAAGCAAAGCUGCAGCAUCCGACCAGGAUGCUGAAAUGGACGAUGAAAACGUUUCCGACAAUGAAAGCGGGUGAAUACCGGCCGUAAUUUGUGAUGCUUAUAGAGACAGAAUCUAUAUUAUGACUUGUUGGUAAAUAUUGAAAUAUAUAAAUUUAUACCUAUGUACGAUAUUCUAUAAAUAAUUGAGCUAUAGACGCGUCACAAUAUUGUAAAAAUCGAAAGUAUAGUUAAACUGAUUUCUUUUAAAUUUCAUUGAUUUGGAUAAAUAUUUCAUUUUUCUUUAUGGACAAAUAUUUUAUAAAAAAAAGCCUUGGUUGCAAAGCCACUAA